AUGGCGGAUCAAUUUCUCGUCCGGCAAUUUCUCCGCCGGUGGCGCCCAAGUACCGCCGCGUCCAGUUUAAGAGGAACUUACCAACAGAAAUAUGCUUACGCCACCUCCACCAGCGAGAAAAACUGCGAAGAGGAAAAGGAUUGUAACCGAUGGCUGAUCUUGCCUUCUUUCAACCCCGCCGCCGAUGGUACUUCAAUCGGGAAAAAGCUCCACGGCCGGACGUCCGACGCCAACAUGACUUCGAGUAAGUGGAUUCAUAAAUGCUGCCCUGAACUCCCGAGGUCUCUUGUUCAGAAACUCUUCCGCCUGAGACAGGUUCGAAAAGAGGUCUCCAGUGCUGAAAGUAACCAAAAACAACAGAAAAGGGUAGGAGCUAAAGACUUGAUGGACAUUGGUGACAAAUUAUUGCUCCCUAAAUCUGUUCAUCUCAAGUUCCCGUCAAAAACAGUGGAGAGUCGGAGUUUUCUCACUGAAGAAGAAUCGGAAUUUAUCCGUAGCCUUGAGUUGUAUAGGGAUCCAGCCAUAAUUGUCCUCAAUAAACCACCUGGGAUGCCUGUGCAGGGUGGAAUUGGGAUAAAGAGAAGCUUAGAUGAAUUGGCCGCCAAGUAUUUGAAAUAUGAUCAUUCCGAGCAUCCUCGUCUGGUGCAUAGACUUGAUAGAGACAGCAGUGGUAUCUUAGUGAUGGGGAGGACUCAAUUGAGCACCACCGUCCUGCAUUCCAUUUUUCGUGAGAAAACAUUGGAAGCAUCAAAUGAUCUUCCUAACAGAGACAAAGUCCUGCAUAAAAAGUAUUAUGCUCUAGUUAUUGGAUGUCCAAGACGUCGAGAAGGAUUAAUUUCUGUGCCGUUAAUGAAGGUUAUUGUUGACAACGGGAACUCUGAGAGAAUUACAGUAGUUGACAAUAACCACUCAUUGUCGGUGCAGCAUUCGAUGACAGAAUACAGAGUGAUUGCAUCGUCGCAUGGCUAUUCAUGGUUAGAGUUAUUACCGUUUACCGGAAGAAAGCACCAGCUUCGUGUUCACUGUGCUGAAGUCUUGGGAACACCAAUUGUUGGAGACUAUAAAUAUGGGUGGCAAGCUCACAAGAAACUAGGACAAUUCACAGAAUCCGCUUCGGAAUUUAUACGGGAUCACAAAAUAACCAAAAUCAAACACGAUUCCAUUGGAUUCGAGUUGGAGGAUGGAAGCAUAUCUGAUAAGCAGCCAUUUCUUCAUCUUCACUGUAAAGAAAUGGUUUUGCCCAAUAUAUCACAGGCCUUGCAAGGUGGCCACAUGAUUUCCGAUGUCAAUUAUGCUCGAAUUGAGAGUAUAAAAUUAGAUGCUCCUUUGCCUGCACACAUGCAGAGAAGCUGGGACUUGCUAAAUUAG